AUGGCGGCGCCCAGCAGGAGCAGCGGCUGCCGCGCGUGGGCCGCGCUGCUGCCCGCGGCUCUGCUGUGCCUGGCGGCCCGCGCGGCCGCGGAACCGGGCACGGCCCCGGGAGCGGCCCCGAGCACGGCCGAGUUCGACGUGCGGCCCGGCGGGGAGGUUCACUCCUUCUCCCGGAGCCUGGGGGAUUACGGCUGCACCUUCACCUACUCGGCCCAGGGAGGCACAAACGAGCAGUGGCAGAUGACCGUGGGAGUGAGCGAGGACAACGGGCUCUUCUCCUGCUCCAUCUGGAGGCCCCAAGGGAAGUCUUAUCUCUUCUUUACCCAGUUUAAAGCUGAAGUGAAAGGAGCCAAGAUAGAGUAUGCCAUGGCUUAUUCUCAGGCUGCUGCGGGUGCCCUGAGCGACAUCCCCUUAAAACAGGAAGAGUUUGAAAUGACUGAAACAUCAGUGUCUCACAGGGAAGGCAAGUUCCGUUUCGAGCUGUCCAAACUCAUGAUUGUAGCAAAAACCCCCCGUGACGAGCUGUGACCCCAGGCCAGCCCCGGGCAGGGGGCACGGCCAGAGCAGCAUGGCAGUGAAGAGAUUUCCUGCUUACCUGCAGGGCUUUUCUUUUGGUUGGCCAAACCUUUUCUGUUUUUCCAUACUGAAAUGUGCUGGGGACCGAUUUGGAGGUGUGGGGACAGGUUUGUUGUGCCUUGUGUCAGAGUAACAACGUGCUUUUUGCAGCUGGAAAAGCCCUGGGAGGCUCCUGAUCCUCCUGUGCUCCUUCCUGCUUGGCUGAGCAGGGCAGAGCUCCCUGGAAAGGGGCUCCUUAUCUGCCUGGCUGGGAAGAGCAGCGCAGGGAGAUAAGGGGCUGGACUUAAGCAGGGCUGGCUAAAGGGAAGUUGUUAACUCUGUCGUCUCUGGAGGGAAGAUGGGAUUUCUCUCUCCACCAGCGUGACAGGAGGAAAUAAUUAAUUGAGGGGGAGGGAGGGAGGGAAUUGGCCAAAGCUCUGAUUCCAUGGUGAAUGUGGGGCUGGGGGAACACAGAGCAGCUUAUUCUGACACAAGAAUCAACCCAGGCAACCCUUCCACAUGUCAGCACAACCACAGGACUAUUUUAUACCUACAGAAAAGUGAUUUUUUUUUUCUUAUCCAGAGUAAUAACAGGGAAUGUGCAAUUCCUUUCCUGUGUAAAUACAGCACAAAUAAAGAAAUAAAGCAUCGUGCUCUGGCCUGAA